AGUGCAGGGGUUGAGAUUAGAGAGUCCCUCGGUGCAGGCUAGGCUUUAGUUAGCUUCUCCGCAUCGCUGGUAGCGCGGGUUAGCAAGGGAUCGGAGCUCCUUUGCUCGCACUGAAUGCCGGUCCUGAGCCGCCUGCACCGCCUGCCAGCCAUGAUUGCUCUUCGCACGCCAUUCCGUCUCGGAGCAAUCCAAUCGCCAGCGACGUCAUUGUUGCCUGCCAGCGUCGCAUCGACCUCGCCUAGAAUAUUGAAUCCCGUCGCACGGCUUCUACGAUCGUCGCACGAUCAGUCCCUUCUGCUAGCAUCUAGACCGUUCCUUUCAUCCACGCCGUCCAUAACCCCCGUUACACGCCACAGACCCUUAACCGGCAAAUCAGACGGCUGUAGAACGCUCUGCUCGUCAAUACGAGCAGCAGCGUCCAGCGCGGAGGGCGGAAUUAGCGGCGUGUCGGUAGCUGAAGCAGCUCCGGCGAAAGGCGAUGCUUCGGUGGCUGGGAAGGGAACGGCCGAGCCGACCGUUGCGGCCGAGGCUAGUGGAUCAGAAGCGAGCGAGGGGAAGGCUGCUGUGAGGAAGCGCCUCGUUUCGGGCGUGCAGCCGACGGGCAGCAUCCAUCUGGGGAACUACCUGGGCGCCAUCAAGAACUGGAUCCCCCUGCAGGACGAGUGCGACACCUUCCUCUUCGUGGUCGACCUGCAUGCAAUCACCCUACCCCACGACGUUGCGGACCUUUCCCAGGCAUCCCGGACUGCUGCUGCCAUCUACCUGGCGUGUGGCGUGGACCCAGCAAAGGCGACGGUGUUCGUGCAGUCGCACGUGCGUGCGCAUGCCGAACUGACGUGGCUGCUGUCGUGCACCACGCCCAUCUCGUGGCUCAACAAGAUGAUCCAAUUCAAGGAGAAGGCGCGCAAAGCGGGCGAGGACGUGGGAUCGGGGCUGCUCACCUACCCGCUCCUCAUGGCCGCGGAUAUCCUGCUCUACCAGUGCGACGUGGUGCCAGUGGGCGAGGACCAGAGGCAGCACCUGGAGCUCACCAGAGACGUGGCAGCGCGGAUCAACAACCUCUACGGCGGCAGGAAGUGGAAGAAACGCGGAGGGCGGGGCGGCCGGGUGUUCAAGGUGCCGGAGGCCAUGAUCCCCCCUGCUGGCGCGCGCAUCAUGUCACUCACGGAUGGCACUGCCAAGAUGUCCAAGUCAGCCCCGUCCGACAUGUCGCGAAUCAACCUGCUCGACCCCCCUGAUGUGAUCGCCAACAAGGUCAAGCGCUGCAAGACAGACAGCUUCACGGGCAUGGAGUUUGGCAAUCCGGAGCGGCCCGAGUGUCAGAACUUGAUGUCAAUUUAUCAGAUCGUCACGGGGAAAUCCAAAGAGGAGGUGCAGCAGGAGGUGGAGCCGUUGAGCUGGGGGCAGUUCAAGCCGCUGCUUGCAGACGCCCUCGUCGCGCACCUAGAGCCAAUCCAGAAGCGGUACAAGGAGGUGACAGCAGAUGCGGCCUAUCUGGAUGGGGUCCUGGCGGAGGGAGCGGCACGAGCCGGUGAGAUUGCUGACCGCACACUAAGGGACACUUAUGAUGCCCUAGGAUUCAUGGCUCCUCCACGUAGAUAGUAGUACAUCAGCGUGGUGCGUACAUAGGUAGUUCUGGAAUUGCAGCCCCUUGUCAGCUGGUGUUGCGAACUCGACGAAAUCAUGUAUAUCCUCUGGUCUAGAUUUUCAUCUUAAAUUAGGUAUGCGACACCUGAUUCCAAAUGUUAGGUUGUAGUGGUUGACGUAAUACGGAGUAAGCC